AUGUCUGACUUUUCAGCAACUGUGAAGCCGGCUGAACCUCCAGCGCCCCGCAUUUUAGCAGCAGAGCGGGCAAAUACAAACAUUGAUAUUGGUCGACUGUCUUAUCAUCUUCUGCACCGCAAUGGGUUCCGUGAGCGUCAAAGGCGGAUUGUGGAUGUCCUGGAGAAUCAUCCUCUCUUCUCCAAGAAGAAUAACCUGAGUAUGUCUCGGCUGGAGCGGUUUCACGUGGGUCUGGCACAGGCAAAGGAACUCAGGCGGAUUUCUAGGCGCUACGGAUGGUCCGAAGACGAUGAUAGAGUGGCCGAAUAUCUCCUGGACGAGGUUUCGCCCUUUGCGCUCUCCAACACUAUGUUCCUGGCAUCGUUGAGGCAGCAAUGUGACGAUGAGCAGAGGGCCUAUUUGGUCACCUAA